AUGGAUACCAAAUCUUCAUCCGGCAAUGUCAUCUCUUGUGUCCUUACUCUUACAGUCAUAUUUCUUGCAAUCUAUGCAGCAGCAGCAAAAGAAGGUCCUUAUGAGUACAUGAAAAUUAGCCUCCGAUGGCCAAAAUCUUAUUGCAACACAAAAGAGAUUCUCAUAAGACACAUUCAUUGUUAUAAGCCAAUCUUAAAAUAUUUUACCAUUCAUGGGUUUUGGCCAACGUAUACACCGGACACUACUGUUCCUUCUUUUCUGAAAAAUAGCGGAUGCACUAACGCGACGCCAAAAAUGCCAGAUGCUAUUACUCAAAUUUGCAUCUCAGUAAUGUACCAAUCUAUGUGA